GUUACAAGAGAGUGUUAAUAACAUUGGAUACAUCAUUAUUGAUGAAUACUCUAUGCUUGGCCAAGUUACUUCUGGUUGGAUAGACAAGCGUUGCAAACAAGCAACUGGUUGUAAACUUUGUAAUGACAAAGUAUUUGGAGGAAAAUCGUUUAUUUUAACUGGUGACCCAGGUCAAUUGCCACCAGUAGCAGAUAAGCCUCUUUACCAUGCUAGACCAUCAAAUGCUGUUGCUGAACAUGGUCAUCAAGUAUAUCAUAUGUUUGACAAAGUUGUUAAACUCACUGUUAAUCAACGUGUGCAAGGUAUGACGUCUGAGCAAGUACAGUUCAGAUAUUUGUUAUUGCGACUUCGCAAAGGUGACUCAACAGUUGAUGACUCGAAGUUACUUCUGACACGUCGACCAUCAAAUGUCACCAAUUUAUGUGAUUUUGAAGAUUCUACUAGACUCUUUUAUAGUAAUGAACAAGUUGGUAAUUACAACCAUGAGCAACUAACAAAUCUUGAGCAUCCAAUUGCUCAUAUUAAUACUCGCCAUUCAUCAGCAUUGGCCAAAAAGAUAUCCUAA